AACUGACAUGUCAAUCACAUUGUAGCCACACACGGGACAGCUGCUCAGUAAAGAUUUCAGACAUUAUCCAAAAGACGAGAAUGGACUCAUCCAUGUGUAUAAGGGUGUUUGUUUUAUGUGCCAUUAUGUCAGCAGUAGUUGCUCCUCCCAGUUUGACUUACGACUGCACUUCGAACGACGAUGUUCAAAUUUCCGGUUUUCCUGCAAAUUCUUACUAUUACGCCAUGCAGAAUUCCACUCAAUGCAAUGUAACGGCUUCAGGAACAUCGAUCUCAAUUUCGGGCUGUUCAAAAGAUUCAGAAAUUUUAGUCACGUACGGUUCCUAUUCUGACAUGGAGACGUAUGGGUUGCAUGGGGGAAAGACCGUGAAUGCAGUAAAAGUUACGUGCAAUGAGAUCCCAGUAGCAGGAAACAUGCACAACGUUAGCGAAAUAUUUUCGGCAAACUUGACCAUUGACGAGACGCAGUCUGUUGACCCGUCCUACAACGUAACUUCAGCUCUUAGCAGUUACAGUGUAAUUGUCGGGGAUCAAAUCACGUGGACAAUCACUUUCCCAGUGGAGUACACUCUAGAAGUAACCCAGUGCACAGCCAGUCCUGGAACCAGCUAUGUCCUGGCGGAAAAAGUCGACCUCAUAUCCAGCGGAGGGUAAAUGUUCUCAUUUGUUUU